UCAACAGUCAACUUCAGUGUAUAGAUAACCGUUUGUGAGUAUUGGCUGUUGGCGGGUAUUUGAGCAUCUCGAGAAGAUUGCGAAAAUUUUAUCGCUUCUACCGCCUACACUCGUUUUAUAAAUAAACAAUCGUGUUUAGUGAAUCUGUGAAAUUGAAACAAGAAAAAUGACCAACGCACCAGUGAAAAAAGUGCCUAUACAUUUACAGAGCUCGCAGAACCGACUGCUCAUCAAGAAUGGUCGGGUCGUCAACGACGAUGGGAUGGAAGACGCUGAUGUUUACAUCGAAGAUGGUAUUAUCAAGCAAGUGGGUCGCAACCUCAUCAUCCCGGGAGGCACUAGAACCAUCGAUGCCACGGGCAAGCUGGUUAUGCCUGGUGGUAUCGAUCCCCACACCCACUUCGAGCUCGAAAUGAUGGGCGCGAAGACGGCUGAUGAUUUCUACAAGGGCACCAGAGCGGCGGUGGCCGGUGGUACUACCACUGUCAUCGACUUCGUGCUACCUCAAAAGGGACAGUCUCUUAUAGAAGCAUACAACAAUUGGAGACAAAAGGCAGAUAACAAGGUAUGCUGCGACUACGCCCUCCACGUGGGAGUGACCUGGUGGUCGCCAUCCGUCAAGAAGGAGAUGGAACAGCUGGUCUCCGAACAUGGGGUCAAUUCCUUCAAGAUGUUCAUGGCGUACAAGGGUGCGUGGAUGCUGGACGAUUAUGAGCUGAUGGUUGCUAUGGAAACGUGCUCCGAGUUAAGGGCACUGGCUCAGGUCCACGCAGAAAACGGUAACAUCAUAGCGCGUAAUACAGAAAAGCUACUUGCCUCAGGAUUAACAGGACCCGAAGGUCACCAGCUUUCCAGGGAUGAGGAGGUGGAAGCAGAAGCCGUUAAUCGAGCUUGUGUUAUUGCUAACCAGGUAAACGCGCCGCUAUACAUCGUGCACAUAAUGUCCAAAAGUGCGGUCAAAGCGCUGCGUAUAGCUCGCUCGAGACAGAACCCGCCAGUUUAUGGUGAAACGUUAGCCGCUACUGUGGGCACUGAUGGAACGCAUUACAAAAACGCCUGUUUCCGUCACGCGGCUGCACAUGUGUUAUCGCCCCCACUUCGCCCGGACCCCGACACGCCUGAAGCCAUUGUACAGGCGCUUGCUGAUGACGAUCUCCAACUAAUCGGUAGUGAUAAUUGCACUUUCCAUGAGAAAGAUAAAGAGCUUGGCAAGAACGACUUCACCAAAAUACCCAAUGGGGUCAACGGGGUUGAGGACCGUAUGGCCAUUUUGUGGCAGAAGGGGGUUAAUACUGGUAUAAUGGACCCGUGCCGUUUCGUGUCCGUGACGAGCACGAACGCGGCGCGUAUAUUCAACUUGUUCCCGCGCAAGGGUCGCAUAGUGUCUGGCUCUGAUGCUGACGUGCUCGUGUGGGACCCGCGCCUUGAGAGGACCAUAUCAGCUGCUACGCACAAACAGAGCGUCGACUUUAAUAUAUUCGAGGGCCAGCACGUUGUGGGCAGUCCGCAGUACGUGAUUGUCAACGGACGUGUGUGCCUCGACGAUGGGGAGCUUAGAGUUGUUGAAGGUCUAGGCAAAUUUUUGAGUACCCCAGCAAACUGCCCCUACAUAUACGGCGGGGGUGAGGACAUACCCCGCACCCCACAGAAGGUGGACUACCCUGAACCCACCACACCCCACCGGGUCACUAAUGGUACACCUACUCAUGACAUGAGCGUGGCCACUAAGCAGCUGGACGGCAUGUCGGUGACGUCAUCCGGGUGCAGCACACCCACCGGCCGCAAGAUGCGCGAGCCCGGACAGCGCAACCUGCAGAACUCCACCUUCUCCAUCAGCCAGGAAAUGGAAGGGCUGGACCAGAAGACAUCUGUUCGCGUGAGGAACCCUCCCGGCGGCAGGUCCUCCGGUCUCUGGUAAAAAUCGGGAAAAACCGGUUUUUAUCUAUAACUUCAAAAACCGUAAUGUAAACCGGUACUGACCGCUACACUUUUGCUUGUGAAAAAAUGUUAAACUAUUUAGUAUUUAUUAGUUCUCUAAGUUGACAUUUUUAGAAACAUAGAAACACUAUUUUUGUCUGAGUUUGUAAACUUAAGUUAGUUUUUACGAGAUUCGUAUGAAUCAAAAAAUUAAUUAACUUUAUAUGCUUAGUUUAACGAAUGCUUAUAUGAACUUAAAAAUACACAAAACACAUUAACAUACUACUACAUAUUAAUUAUAAUAAAACUGGGAUUUUUAUUCAUACUUAAUUAUACCAAAUGUAUUUUCACAAGCUAGUGUAAGUUAUUUGUUUCGAAAUAAAUGUGAACUUGAAUGUCUGUUAACAUGUUUGUAUAAUAUUAUAAAUUAUAAAAAAGGGACAAAGUCUUAAAAUACUGCAUAAAACUAUGUUUAUUAUGACAUCCAAUAUGAUGGAAUAAUCGAUCUGAAUAAACUUUU